CUUAGAGAGAACGGGGGGGGGGGCUGGGUAAGGAGAGGAAGCCAAGAGCCGGGGAAGCCCUGUAAGGGAAGCCGCCUUACCCUGCCCCCCCCCCGGACGCGAUCCGCUGCCAGCUGUCCUCCACGCUCUAUUUUAGCUCGGCGCGGGGGUAGUAGCGGGAAGCCGAGAGGCCGCUUCAGCCAACCGGGCCACCAUUGGGAGCCCAACAUGGCAGGAGCCGGAGGUGGCGGGAAUGACAUUCAGUGGUGUUUUUCUCAGGUGAAAGGGGCUGUGGAUGACGAUGUAGCGGAAGCGGACAUAAUUUCUACAGUAGAGUUUAAUCAUUCUGGAGAAUUGCUUGCAACGGGAGACAAAGGUGGUAGAGUUGUUAUCUUUCAACAAGAGCAGGAGAACAAAACACAAUCUCACAGCAGAGGAGAAUACAAUGUUUACAGUACCUUUCAAAGCCAUAAACCAGAGUUUGACUACUUGAAAAGUUUAGAAAUUGAAGAAAAGAUCAACAAAAUUAGGUGGUUACCCCAGAAAAAUGCUGCUCAGUUUUUAUUGUCUACAAAUGAUAAAACAAUAAAACUAUGGAAAAUCAGUGAACGGGAUAAAAGACCAGAGGGCUAUAACUUGAAAGAAGAAGAUGGGCGGUAUAGGGACCCUACUACAGUGACAUUACGGGUACCAGUAUUCAGGCCCAUGGAUCUCAUGGUGGAAGCCAGUCCGCGAAGGAUAUUUGCCAAUGCUCACACAUAUCACAUCAACUCUAUCUCCAUCAAUAGUGAUUAUGAAACAUACCUGUCUGCAGAUGACCUAUGGCACCUGGAAAUUACGGACAGAAGUUUUAAUAUUGUAGAUAUUAAGCCUGCCAACAUGGAACUGACAGAGGUAAUAACAGCAGCAGAAUUCCAUCCGAACAGCUGUAACACAUUCGUAUACAGCAGCAGUAAAGGAACAAUCCGUCUCUGUGACAUGAGGGCAUCAGCACUCUGUGACAGGCAUUCAAAAUUGUUUGAAGAGCCAGAAGACCCUAGCAACCGAUCUUUUUUCUCCGAAAUCAUCUCUUCCAUAUCUGAUGUCAAAUUCAGCCAUAGUGGUCGAUAUAUGAUGACUAGAGAUUAUCUGUCCGUGAAAAUUUGGGAUAUGCAUGGCAUUGAGAAACCCUGCGAUUAG